AGAAAGGAUAAAGAAGAGGACAAAGCCCAGUGGGCUGAGCCGAGCCACUGCUUCCCUAGUCCUACUGGCCUCCUCCCCUCUCCACCACCUCAUCCACGGAACCGAGUGCAAGAACCGCGCCGUGCGGGAAUUCCAGGCCCUAGGCCCUAGCCAUGGUCCGUGGAGGCCGCCGGCGACGGUGACCGGGGUUAGGGGACAGGCGGUGACGGUGGUGGUUGGUCGGAGAGAGACAGAGAGAGAUGUCGGUGCGGAUAAAGGCUGUGGUGGACAGGUUCGUGAAGGAGCUCAAGGAGGCGCUGGACGCGGACAUCCAGGACCGCAUCAUGAAGGAGCGCGAGAUGCAGAGCUACAUCGAGGAGCGCGAGCGCGAGGUCGCCGAGCGGGAGGCCGCGUGGAAGGCCGAGCUAUCCCGCCGCGAGGCAGAAAUUGCCCGACAAGAGGCAAGGCUGAAAAUUGAAAGGGAUAACUUGGAGAAAGAAAAGAGUGUCCUCAUGGGAACUGCUUCAAGUCAGGAUAACCAAGACGGAGCCCUAGAAAUCACAGUCAGUGGUGAGAAAUACAGGUGCCUUCGUUUCUCCAAGGCAAAGAAGUGAGGUAUGGGCUGUGGAAGUUGACAAGAACAGUCAUGGAUGGUACAACCAUAGCAUUUUUGAGGAUGUGAUUCAAACAUGGAUGGUUCAUCAAAUUCUGGAGUGUCCCAAAGUGAGGAAAGGUAGGUAAGCUACCAGCCAGUGUAGUCAGUAGUCACUGAAGCCUUCCUGUUACUCUUAAUCGAAUCAUUGAACACCAAACAUGGUCUUAGCCUGUCAUUUGCGUGUCUUGGUAUGUAGUAACAUGAACCAUGAACAAUUUUCAAUUGACAUGAGCUAUAUUAGGUCUAGCUUAUGCCACAAAUGGGCUAGGUUCCAAUUGCCAUUGUUGAUUUUACCUUGAUGGCAACUGUGGAGUUACAUUUCCUUCAUCACAUUUUCUUCAGUAUCAGACACACCUCUUCUCUUUCUGGACAAACUGUGUUAGCUAUUGGGUUCAAAAGGGAAGUUUUCAAAACUAUACUAAUUUUGUGUUAGCUAUUGGUUUCAUCAGAAGGUAAGUUUCCAAGAUUGUAUAUGUGAGAUU